ACUCUGCUUCUAAGUGACAAAACAUACUCACUUUCGGCCUGACAUGGAGCUGGUUUGUGAACUUCGGGUCUCAAGAGAGAGAAGCGAUAUUAAAGCCUUUUAAUUAAUCGAGCGACACAAACUAAACUUUCCGUUCUCGGAAACAUUAGAAUCCGGUUUCCAAGAAUGAGACCCGGUUUUCAGACAACGAAAGGAGGAAAAAUAUGUGCUAGGCCGAGGAGAGGGAGGAGGCUGAGGCCGCCGCCCGCCUUGAGCCAUGGGGGCGGCCCGCAGCUGCCGCCAACACAGGGCGGAGGAGGAGAGGAAAGAAGAGGGCCAGGCGCUGCCUAUGCGGCGGCUCUAGAGCGCGGGCAGGUCCGUUUCUCCGUCUGCGGCCGGUAAACACACCGCGGCGUCCUCCUGUCAGUACAGCUGCCGCCGCCGCCGCCGCCUCCGCGUGGACAAAGAGCCACCAUGACUGGCAGUAACAUGUCAGAUGCCCUUGCAAAUGCAGUAUGUGAACGCUGCCGGGCUCGCUUUGAUCCCACAGAGAGAAUUGUGAACAGCAAUGGAGAGCUGUAUCAUGAAAACUGCUUCGUCUGUGCUCAGUGCUUUCGUCAGUUUCCAGAUGGACUCUUCUAUGAGUUUGAAGGAAGGAAGUAUUGCGAGCAUGACUUCCAGAUGCUUUUUGCACCCUGUUGUGGAGAAUGUGGUGAGUUCAUCAUUGGCCGUGUUAUCAAGGCAAUGAACAAUAACUGGCACCCAGAAUGCUUUCGCUGCGAGCUCUGUGAUGUGGUGCUUGCUGAUUUGGGCUUUGUGAAGAAUGCUGGCAGGCACCUCUGCAGGCCUUGCCAUAAUCGUGAGAAAGCCAAGGGCCUAGGCAAGUAUAUUUGCCAGAAAUGUCACCUGAUAAUUGAUGAGCAGCCUCUGAUGUUCAGGAAUGACUCCUAUCAUCCGGAUCACUUCAACUGCACCCACUGUGGGAAAGAGCUGACCGCUGAUGCCAGGGAGCUCAAGGGGGAGCUCUACUGCCUGCCAUGUCAUGACAAGAUGGGCAUCCCAAUCUGUGGGGCCUGUCGCAGGCCCAUUGAGGGUCGAGUGGUCAAUGCUCUGGGAAAGCAAUGGCACGUGGAGCAUUUUGUUUGUGCCAAAUGUGAGAAGCCAUUCCUAGGACAUCGGCACUAUGAGAAAAAGGGUCUAGCUUACUGUGAGACCCAUUACAACCAGCUCUUUGGAGAUGUCUGCUAUAACUGCAGCCAUGUGAUUGAGGGGGAUGUGGUAUCGGCUCUCAACAAGGCUUGGUGUGUGAACUGCUUCUCCUGCUCUACCUGCAACAUUAAGCUCACGUUGAAGAAUAAGUUUGUGGAGUUUGACAUGAAGCCAGUAUGCAAAAAGUGCUAUGAGAAAUUACCUUUGGAGCUGAAGAAACGCCUGAAGAAGCUAUCUGAGCUGGCCUCCAAGAAAACGCAACCUAAAGCUCUGGAUUUAAACUCUGCUUAAAUAGGCCUGUGCUUCCUGCUGAUUGCAUUCAGCUUCACCAGCUACAGUCUGUCUCAGCUACUGAUUACAAAAGAAACCCUUAAAAAUAACUUAAAUGGCACAAGGCAAACAAAAGAUCACCAAAUACCAUGUAUCUUAAAUGUUUUUCUGCUCAGGUAUUGCUUAUGGAGACUCAACUUGGGGAGGAAGCUGUGACUCUGCACAGUAAUGUUCUGUUCUCCCUUUUAUUAAGUUAUGUAUUAUAGUGUUUCUUGAUCUGCCUCUUCUUCUAUACUGAGAUUUAAGCCCUGUUCAGACUUUUUUUAAAAAGGAUGCUAUGCUUGUGUAUAGUGUCCCAGAGUAUACCCAGAAGUCCCACCCAAACACGUGAGCACCAAGAAGCAUCACUCUCCCAACUUACAGCAUUUGUCUGAAGAGGCAAAUGCUGUAAUUGCGAAGGGAACCAUUUCUAUGAUCUGAAGGCUGGGGCACUCCAGCCAUUCUGACAACAGAAGUAAGCACCUUCAUGUUUACUGUGUUUGUUUUUUCCGACAAGUGCCAUAAGUGGGGAAAGAGUGGGGAGGGUAAUACUUCUCAGUGCUGGGGUGGGACUUCUGGCAUGCUCUGAGACACUGUACACAAGUACAGCAUCCUUUAAAAAACAACAACACCCAUCUAAGCAGGGCUUUAGACUCAGUACAUGAUUGAGUACACAUUGCAUGGAAUUCUGGAAGGGAGGAGGUUCUCCGUGGUGUUUUAUUUUUCAAAAUGCAGCAUCCAGACUAAGUUACUUAAUAGUAUUACUCAGGAGUUAUUCUAAAGGACUACUUAAUUUCAGUGGGACUACUCAGGAGUAGUUAAUCUGACGGUCAACCGCCUGGAUUAGUGUGGGCAGUUUACAAGUCAGAAUAGGGAAAUGGUGGAUGGAAAGAGGCAUGUUUAACCCAGUCAUUUUUCAUCUCAAAAUCACCCUCCCCAAGCCACUUUUUUCACCUGCAGAGGAGGAAAUACUGAGGUCCCAUAUCUUCUCACCACCAUUGGUGAAAAAGCAGAAUGGAGAGGGUGAUUUCUUGACAUGAAAAGGUUAAGCAGCCUCUUUUCAUCUGCCUUUCUUUUGUCAUGGCUCAUAAGUCCACCCAGGCUAAUUUUGGUUUUUGUUUUUGUUUUUUAAAAAGCAGAGAGAAAAUAGACAGAACUCUAAGUAAAGUGUAAUUUGAACCUCGUUACCUUGAAAUUGCAAGAGACCAAUGUGUGGGACUAAUGAGAACUAGGUAAUAACUUUCCUUGCCGUUUUUAAUUAAAUCAUUUUAACAGUUUGGUCAGCAUAACCCAACAUUGGUUGUUUUUGUUAGCUGCCCUUGCUUGUUGUAGCAGCUAAGGGAUACACAAUUCUUUUUCUGACAAUCAAAUAUUCAGCUGCUGAGAAUGUUCAUUUGUUUAAGCUAAGAUUACUCUUCCCUCUUCCAGUUUCUCAGAAAUAUGAACUAGAAAUAGUAGAAAACAGGAGGUGAAUGGACCAAAGCUGCUGAACCAUAAGCCUAUCAGUUUUCAGAAAGACUGUUUGUGAUUCCUGCCGGGGUGGCCCUUUCAUCAGGCAAGGUGAGAUGGUCGCCUCAGAUGGCAGAUUAUUGGGACAGUGGCUGAGUGGCAAAAUUACUUCCCUCCCACCCCAUCAGAACAGCUCUUCUGGACUGAUCUAAGCCUUGCGAGGAGCCCCUCUCCUCAAACUCCUUGUGAAGCUUGCAGGAAAGACUAAGAGAGGAGACUGCCUGCUAGCAAUCUUCCCUCCUCUCCACCCCUCACAUCACUUUCCAAGCUUUCAAGAGUUGGUUUGAAAGAAGGCUGGGCCCCACUAGGGGCAUGGAACAUCGGGUGCUGCACCUCCUGCAGUACCUUGGGCAGCUCCUGGUGCCUGUAUUUAGGGUUGUGUGGAGAGGGGAAGUUCUAAACCUUUAAACCUUUACUAUCAGUUCCACUUCAGUAUGGUUGCUAACACCAGUAUGAAAACACUGGACAGCUUCACAGGUUAGGGUGGCAAGUAAGCUUACCAACCUCCAGUUCCUGGUGAGCAUGUGCUCCCAGCAUGAGCCACCAGUUCUGCUCCCAAUGUGUCAUCCAUACCUGCCAAUGUUGGGCUUCCAGCCACACUUCUCUCUGGGAGCCCAAUAUCUGUAAACUACUUGGUUACAGAAGUCAGGUUCUCAGAGGGAAGUGUGGUUGCAGAAGCAGACCUUAGUGGGCUUGGAUGACAUGCCGGGAGCAGAAAUUGCGGCUCCCACCAGGACUGUGUGGUCGCCAGGAACCAGCAAUUGGUGGAACCUUACAUGCCACUGUGAAGUGUAAAGCUGCCCUAUGCUUGGCUCAGCCUAGGUAGUAUUGUUCUCUGCAGUUUCCUCCACGAUAGGUGUGUUCCAGUUGUAAGACAAUUUAAGAGGAAAGAGUACAGAAUGAGAUGUCAUUCUGUGGCUGCUGUUUAGUGAGGAGAAGGAAAUCAUUGAUAUGUCUUAAUUAAUCAGGAGUGCAAACAGGGAGAGCUGAAGGAGCAACUCACUUUAAUUUUUUUGUAGGGAAGAGGAGAGAUGCAUUUGAGGGGAAAAUUUGAGUUAUUAGGGGUUUUUUGCGGGGGGAAGUUUAAUAAAAUGACAAGGGGGGAUCUCCUCAGAAGCUUAAAGGGUACAAAUCCCCCUCUCCAAUUACUGUCUUUAUACAUUAAUUGAGUAUUGUGCACUGCUUUCACUCUGAUACAAGCAUCAACUUCUAUGUUUUCCAUGCUCCUUUCCUAAAUUAAUCUUGAAAUAGCAUUAUUAAUCUGCUGUUUAUUAUUUAUUGGUACUUAGAUUAUGUUGUCACAUAUAAUAGCACAAGUGGAUUGUUCCUCUCUUAUUUUGGAACUAUUCUGCAAGUAUUAGCACAGGGAGAAGCAUACUCUUCUGAAGUCUAUAGUGAGUACAAUAAGGAGACUCUCACUGAAUUGAGAUACUCUUAAGCCCUCUGGCCUAUGAAUAUCUUGUGUUGUAGGCUAUCAUUGUCAUUUAAAUGGGGUAUACAGCAUUGCAUGUGUGUGGAGGUCUCUUCAUUACACUGAGAAAUAAAUGUGGCAGCCCCAUUGUGGGGUGGAGGAGCUUUGUGUGAGCAUCUUCGCUUCCACUCUUGCUAAGGCUUGGAUGGAUCCAGUAGACUAUCUCUACAGUUCUGCUAAAGAAACAAGCACAGACACUUCUCUGUCCAAAGCAAAACUCACACUAACUAUUCCUAACAUGGAAAAUAUGAAGUCCACCCUACUCCAUCCGAUCCAUAAUCUUUUCAAAAACUCUUAUGCAAAGCUCUUACGCCAGUCCAAUGCUAGUCAUGGAUUUAAAAGUAUUUGUGUGCAAGGCUGGCCUUGGAGCUCAGCAUCUUGGGUAGCUAUUGAAGGCCAAGGGCCCUCCAAAGGGCCCCCUGCCAAUCCAUGAGGCCACCUCUCUGCCUAUAAACUUUCGUAAUGCUGAAUUACUCAAGGCCAAGAGAACCAUUCUAUCAUCACCUCUUCUCUGCCAUGCCAAAGUAAGCCCUAUGACAGGUGGGGAUCUGUAUUCCAGUGUUCAUCCAUUGUAAGUAAUGCAGUGUGAAUAGUUUGACAUGCACAGCUGCAUUUAGCUAGAUAUCCAGUUACGUCUGCAGUUCCUGAAUCGUCAAUUGAUAAUGGAUCUGCUUAUCUGAGUUAGCACAUUGUUGUCUUAUCCAUGUUAACAAUUUGAUUGUGAUUUACUGUAAAAAAUUGUUAUGUUACUCCGCUACCUGUAUAUGAAUAUAAGUAGACUGGGGUGAUAGGUUGGACAGAUUUCCAGGCCAGGUGUAACCCUGUGCCGUUCUUUCAAAACAAAUAAUAGAAAAGACAAAUACUACCAUUAAACAUAAUUAGUGAUAAAUGGGAAUUCCUUGUUCAGUAGGCUAGAGAAAAUAAAUGAUUUGAUGAUUGUAGUCACAGUCUGCACAGUUUUCUAAAAAGAGGACUCAAAGUUCUUCAGGUGCCUUUGAGUGGGGGGGGGGGCAUCCAAGCUUGAGAGCUGUGUGCGCUCCCAAUGUUCACUUGUUUGAGAGAGCAAAUAACUAGGUAGGAGGUGGGGGAAAGAUUGUGUGAGGUCAUUCUCAUGACCAGCCCUACCUGGGCAGGGUUGUGCUAGCCCCGGUAGGGCUGGUUGGGAGAUCCACCAAGAUAGUUCCCAGUCCUGGAGCUUCUCUGCUGGGUAGCCCAGGUUUUGUACCCAGGCUAAAAGUGAAGUAGGAGGGUACAUGUCUGUGCCCCUCCCCAGUCGUGUGGGCAACCAGGCUGCCAGCAGCCAUUUAAAUAAUAGAGGCCAGAAGAAGGAAUGACCCAGCCCCAGGAAUUUCCACAAUGCACUGCAUUGCUCAUGCAGUGCAUUGUGGGAUUCCCAGCCUCCAGGCUUCGCUCCCCCAACCUUCAGAUUGCUGCGUCGCUCGCCACAGCAGUAAGCGGCAGCAACAGGCUGUUGUGUGGGGGGAAGGUAAGUACGAUCCUGCCUCCCCACCCACCCCAGCAAGAAUGGGCAUGUGAAUAACCUUUGUGUGUGAGGCAGGAGCUGGGUAGGACAGCACUAUCCUACCCAGAUCUCACACCCAGUAUUUUAACAAGUGGGGGGGGGGAAGCUGCCCUAUCCAGCUGCCUCACACAUGAUCACUCUCCUCCUACCUAGUUGUUUGCUCACGGUGCACAUCUCCCACACCUGGGUAGGUUUAUCCUUCCCAGUUUUCAAUUGUGUGAACAGCCUUAGUAGUCUGUUGAAAAAAAGGAUCUGCUGGGAAACAGGUUUCCUUUAAUGCUGCUGUCCUGGGAAAUGUUUUUCUAGUGUACUAGGCAGUCUGAAAUGGUGAUCAGUGGAGUUUAGCUGAUCAGGUUUUGGGAACAUUUCUGUGCCCCUUAAAAAGCACCCUACUGUUGGUAAUUUUUCAGGAUAUGUUUCAAAAGCCACAACGAAAUUUAUGGGGCAUGUAGUCCUGGAAGGAACCUCCAGCACUGCCAAACAGGGAGCAUUGGCUAGCUAUAUAUGAGGAAUUUGCAUCCAAAUGCAAAUGUUAUCUGUUGGAAGACACACUUGGAUAUGCAUUGGACUGUAUAGACCAACUGAUAGUUUAAUGUAACUGGAGGUAGAUUGAGGCUUUAAAAUGCACACCCAAAAAUAAGGUUGAUGCAACUUUCUUUACCUGUAUUCCACUAGAUAGGCAAAUCUGAUUGACUCAAUGGCUGUGUGAUAUCAUCACAUCUUAUGACAUGGUCCCCAAUUGACUUAGGUAACACAGCGAAAGAGAAAGAAGCAGCUGUUUUAAAGUUGUUGUUUUUUUAAAUGGUACCAAACCAGGAGCAGAUCAGGGGAACCAUGUAUUUGAACAAGUGUGAAAAGAACACAUGAAACUGUAAAAAUUAUGGGUAUUUUGGGGUAUGUUUUUAAGCAUGUAUUGAGAGUAUAGCUUUUGCCUCACAAAUGUUUUAGUGUAGUUCUAGUGACCAGUCCAUAACAAUUGGUAUUUGCCAUAUCAACCUAACUUAAAGGCAUCCUUACAGGUUCAAAAAUAACAGCUGAAUAGAAAGUCAAAUUUGUGUUGGGUAUGUUGUCCUCAAUGUAUUGCACUGAAGGCAGAUUUACUUGCUUACACUAUAUUGUGUUAUACCAUACUGUUUGUUAAUAUAUUUUAUGCCUGCAUGUAUACAUCACUUGGGUUCAUGAUUGCUCUUGAAUAUAGCAAAUACUUUUAGAAGGUGCAGCAUUAACUUUCUAAAUAACUUACUUUUUUGGAGCACAAUUAUAUUAUCUGAUUUCCAGCACGUAGGGUGCUGGAGUUGUCAAGUAUUGUUCAAGAGAGGAUCAUAAUUCUCAACUGCAAAUCUGCAUUAAUUACUGGCAUACUAGUGAUUACAGUUGUCUUCCUAUGCAUGCUUACCUUGAAGUAAGCCCCAAUGAGUACAAUGAGAGUUACAUCUGAAUAAACAUAGGAUUGUGUUUGGCGCUUUCCAGUUAGCUGCUCAACAGCAGCAAAAUGCUUCUGUUCAGGCAAAUCUCAUUCAAAAUGUAAACAGCAGGGGGAGCAGUCUUGCGGAAACUAACAACCCCCCAAAACAGCAACUUAUUUACGCUGGAUAUAUGACAUCAUAGCACUAUAUUGCAGCAAUUAAAUUCGAAACAAGGCAUCAGAAAUGCGAACGGCACCCUGGUGACAGCGUAGGGACUGCUUUGUCACAACACAGGAAGUGUGGAAGCACACUUCCUAGAUCUGCCGUGACCUCGUUGCAGGGUGUAAUCUGGAAAGCGCCCUUGUGCUGUAAUUCCAUACUAUAGAAAAUGCUUAGCUAUUCAUGUGAAAAAACACUUUAAUGGAAGGACUGAAGAAACUGUUGUCUUUUUACAAGCUCACUGCCAUUGGUGUAUAGCAUACAACCUUGGCAGGACCUAUGUAGUUUGUUUUCAAUAUUUGCUCUAAGAUCUUCCAAUAUCUACAAUUUUAAUACAAUGUAUUCCUUCAUUUUAUUUUAUAUUCUUGGAAUGACAGUUAUUGCUAUAUAGCUUUUACAUCUUCACAGUAAAGAUUUUUAAAAGUGCA